AUGAUACUUUUGUCAACCAGUAUACUCACCUGCAAUAAAAUAUUAGCCCUGAGAAACACCAAUGCCAGGAUGUUGAGUAAUAAUGGCAGGAUUCUGAUACCCAAUGAUGACAAAGAAGGCUUUGAUAUGAGAGAAGUCUUGAGUAAACUUAAAAUAAAUGAACUUUAUCAGCAAGCAAAUUCAUUAAAGAAAAGAGAAACUGCCAUUCGGGAAGUACAACAAUUAUGGAAUGAAUUGAAUGACAAUAAAAAUCAACUUGAGAAGAAAUUGAAAUUGCUAAAACUUGAGGCUACUCUUCAAAAUCCAGGAUGUGUUAUAUCAAAUUCUGCAGAAGAACAAAUACAAGACAUCUCUGAAAAUUUUAAAGAAGACUCUAAGAAUUCUUUGGGGAAAUUUGCACUUCAACAACUAGAGAAUGGAAAAUGUCAAGAUCGAAAGAAACAAAAACUUCAAGAAACAGAAAUUAAACUUAAAGAAACAGAAGGACAAGCAGAUGAGCAACAACAAUUAGAAAUAAUACAGUCUGUUAAAACUUUGGAUCAACUUCAAGAGGCAUUAAAUAAAAUAAAUUAUAAACUUUUACAUUCUGCUACAUAUCUUAGACUUAUUCCAAAGUGA